CUUAUUCCAAGUCCCCAAAUCAACAAUGGUUUCCGUAGACCAUUAUACAUUUCUCAAGCCGCUCAAGCAAUCUGGUGUGCUUGGGCAAUUCAAGUACGAGGAUACCACUCCUACCAUUGGUCGAGAGUUUCUGGAUGUCAACAUUGUUGAUGACCUUUUGAAUGCACCUAACGCAGAUGAGCUUGUUCGAGACCUUGCCAUCACUAUCUCGGAGCGUGGAGUUGUCUUCUUCCGCAAGCAAGACAACCUUACCAACACCCUACAGAAGCAUUUAAACCAUAAGCUGGGUCAGUUGUCCGGCAAGCCAUCUACAUCGACUCUGCAUAUCCAUCCCAUUCUCAACAACAGCAGCGAGUUUGGUGUCGAUGAUGCUGAGAUCAGUACCAUCAGCUCAUUGCAAAGAAAAGCUCUCUUCAGAGAGGGUGAAACACGUAACAAGCGCCGUUAUGAUGCUGCUCAGUGGCAUUCAGACAUCCAGUUCGAGCCUGUACCAGCCGACUACACCUCGCUACGUCUGACCCAGCUUCCAAAGUCUGGCGGUGACACUGUCUGGGCAUCUGGAUACGAGAUCUACGAUCGCUUUUCGCCAGCCUAUCAGAAAUUCUUCGAAGGUCUGACAGCCACAUUCUCUGGUGAUGGAUUCAUCAAGGCUGCAGCUGCCAACCCGGACAAGGUCAAGAUUUACGAAAAAGAGCGCGGUAGUCCUUUGAACGUGGGUAAAGAGCUCACAGCCGUACACCCGGUUGUCAGAACAAACCCUGUCACUGGUUGGAAGAGUAUCUUUGCCGUUGGUCCCUUCCCAAAGUUCAUCAACGAAUUGAACGCAGAUGAAUCAGAGGAGCUGCUGAAGAAGUUCCGUGCAACUAUCACAGAGAACCACGAUCUCCAANCAAUUUGGGACAACCGUAGUGCUUUCCACAGUGCCACGUUCGAUUAUGAAGGACUGGGUGAGAGAUUUGGUAACCGCGCUGUCGGCAUCGGCGAGGUACCUUAUUUAGACCCAAACAGUCAAUCUAGGACGGAAGCUCUGGCCAAGGACCAUCAGGAUAAAGAGACAGUAUUGGAAGGAAAGACUGAGAAGUCGGAGACUCUGUCUGCC